UUAAUGUUUUAAUUCUAAUAGUUCUAUAUGAUCAAGUUAUAUCAUGUUAUUAAUUUGAUUAGACCAUUUUGUCCCUUUUUUCUCAUUUUGGAUUGUGGAUUUUAAAAAGCUCAGUGAAAGCAAUCAGAAAUUGAUAAUCACUUUCAAUGCAGAGCAUCCUGCAAACGUAGCUCCAAAAAUAAGUAAACAAUCUUCAAAAUGUCGUUAAAAGCAUCUGAAAGUAAAUUAUAUCAAUUGCCCAAAAUAACUCUUGCGUGUAAAAGUUAAAUAUGUUCUAGUUCCUGAACAUUUGAACACUUUUGAACUAUUCACUAUUUUCAGUGAAAAAUUGCGGCUUACUCAUUUGUUUCUCAUUCGUUUACUUUUCAUAUGUAUUCUACAGUUAAUAGAACACCUUGUUAUGGUUUAUCGAAACAUUUUUAUUCAAGUUUAAUUAAAACCGACUUGGAUAGCAAAAUCAAGAUUGAACAUGUUUAACCCAGAGCUGCUGUUUUACAACUCUGGAUUGUGUGGAUGCUCCAUGCCACUAUAAGAUGAACAAAAAAGGAAAAAAUAAUAGAAAAGGCUUCAAUAAAUGUUAAACUUGUAACAAAUGUUCAAGUGCCUCAUCUGGUACGCAACGAUGAAUAAUUAUCAUCAAUUCGACAAAAUACGCGCAAUAAGAGUGAAUAAGUGAAUAAACGAGAUCCGGUGUGACGAACCAAAGAUAUGCUACUAUUAAUCAUGAAAAAUCACUGUAAAUGUGCAAGUUUUACCAGAAAAUAUUCGCUGUGGUUUGUUCAAUUUAUCAAAAGUGUAGUUAUUUUAUGUAUAAAAACGUAUUUUUUGACCGGUUCGGACGUGAGUUGAAAAUAAAGCGCUUCUGAGAUUAGCAAUUAGAAAAAUAAAAUACACUUCAUACAAAUUUCAAGUAGAACAAAUAAAACACCAUAAUCUACAUUAAGAAUCUCAUAGAUAAAUGCAUUUUAAAAUGAAGUUUUAUCGCAAAAGCCACUUGCAACUAUAAAAAUACUCAUAGAUUGAGAAGAGAGUUGAAUUUCCUGAAACAAUUAUUAACUAGCGAUCAUUGACUCUGUCGAGUACCUACACACUUUUUAUAAGCAAGAUUAUCUAAGGAUUAAUUCUAUUGAUUUGGUUUUAAUAGCAACUAUGCCGACGCUUAGCUUGUUAGGUCGAGCCUAUUUACCUAGAUAAUAAUGAUAUUUGCUCAUACAAACAUGUGGAUUAAUUAUACAGGGUGACGCAAUUUAAACACCAACAAAACACGCCUAUGUUUUAUAUCAUCGUAGCUAGUCUUUCAUUCUUAAAACAAGCCUUCUGAUACAAAUUUUGGUCUGCAUUUAUAUUUUGAUUAUCGAUCCAUUUUAUCCAUCCAGUUUAUUAGGGUGUGCAAAGUCCGACCCUUCUAAACACGGCCCCAGUGUGUAUUUUUUCUUUGAUAAAUUUGCUAAUGGUUUGAUCUUUUAGGGUCGUCCCUUUAUUAGCUAUUCUGUUCUGCGUCCGUCGUUUUGUAAUAGAAGACAAAUGUUUUCUCUUCAUCGGCAAUAAAAUCAUUUUUCCAUAUUUCCUGUUGUUCAAUAUCAAAUUUUCCAACCUGGUUUCAAUCUAAUUAUGUUUACUAAUGUUGAUUUUUUAGCUUCCUCUGGCCAAUGACGAAGUUGCAAAUUUGCACAAAAAUUUCAAAAUCCAAAGUGACUUCAUUCGAACUUUUAGCUUCCACAAAGGUUUUUCACCAGCUACUUUACGGUAGUUUCAAAGCCGCCGUAACCUUUUGACUUGGUACGCAAUCGAUUCGGGUACCGGUUACUGUUCUUUUCAAUCACCUGGCGUCUUCCAUCUGGUACAAUAAACAGCAUGAUGGGGUCGGAUUCUGUAAAAAUUGUUGAUAGUUCGCAUAUGACGCUGCAGCUGAUUUCGAAUCAGAUGGUGGUUGCAUGUUUGCCAAGGGUGGGAACAUAAAACCACCCCCAAUCAGCUUUAGCCCGUUUUAUCGAUCGAUAACACUUUCGUACAAGAGAAAAGAAGCAAAGCUGAUAAUUUCGGUGAAUGUCUUUGCAAAAUAAAAUUUUAUGGACCAAAAUUUUAAAGGAUUUCUGUGAUUUAUAGACCACAAUGAACGCUCAUAAUAAAUUUCCACCUGUAGAUUGUUCACUUGUUAUUGCAAAAUGAAGACACGAUAAUGCCUGGGUGUGGUUUUUUGUAACCAAAUAAUAUUUCUCAAUAUCCAUUGCUUAUGUGCGGCCCGCUACAAGCAUUACAAGCCAAACAUUAAUAUUUAUAUAACACACUAAACUCUUGAUUUAGUUAGCCUUAAUACGGUUAAUAAUUGAAGUCAUGGUGCAGAGAUGCUAAAAUCGUUUAAAAGUUACAAACCUAGAUUAUUGCAAUCAUGGCACGCCCCAAAAUAUUAAAAAGUCAUUGCACUUUUAUCGAAUAUUUUUUAUGUAAUAAUUAAGGUGAGCUGAUAGUUACAGCGCACCCAAAGAAAUAUUUUUACUUAACAUACAUUUUUUUAACGUUUGUUUACACGGAAACUGCUCAAUAAAUCAAUAUUAGCUUGAUUUUCAACAAGGGAAAUGUUAAUACUUUGACCAAUUUUAAAACUGAUUGAUUAAUUAAUAAUUGUGUCGCUCCUCAAUUCGUUUGCGCAAUUGUUCUAAUUCCUUUGAUCUCACUUUACCUAUUUACAUCCAACUGACUGAAGAAAUCACACGGUUCCAUUGAGGAGUUUAAUUUUAAUAAUUAUUUUUGCGUCAUUCCUCGCUUUGUUAUUAAAACUUUAUUAUUGAACACACUGUAUAUAGAGAAUGAGCAAUUUUUAGACCUCUUUUCUUCAUUAAGCUUGAAAACAUCUAAAAUACCUCUGAGUGUGUGUUUUUAUACCAAUUUUUUACAAACCAAUUAUGUUUAAAAUCCAAAUAACACACAGUUUUUAUAUGAUUUGUUCUGUUCAACUUUGCUUUUAGCUAUUAAUUAUAGAACAAAUUGCGAAAGGAACCAAUGACUUUGCAAAGGUUACAUAAAAAAGUCAUCAAUGUAUCAAUAUAAUCGAUCAAUAGUGUGUGCCAAUUUCAAGAGCGUUUUGCAAUAUUUCCCUACAGGAUUACUAGCAAAAUUUAAUUAUUCCAUGCCGAAAACUUAUAUGUGCUUUAUCAUUAUUGCCAGUUUUUAUGUAACAACUGCUAUUCUUGCACACUGAUUGUUCAACAAUAUCAUAGAUAUUGUAACAAUGACCAGCCGAAGCAGGAUUAGAUACAAUUGUUCGUAGCUCAUGAGAUUUUUCAAAAAAAAUGUUAAUUCAUGCUGGAAAAAUUCAAUUGUUCCAAGCAGUUUCGAAUAUUCCAGCCAUAGGUUGCGCUAAAAGUAGCUUUAAUUGCCCAUCAGUGCCCUAAUAUUUUCAAGCGAAAAUUCCAUUAAAAACCGGUGUUUUUUCUGCAUCCAAGCAUGAUCUAAUCUAUUGAUAACUGCAAAACCACAAUGGAUGGCCUUCAAUUUUCAAUACAUAGACACUGGUAAUGUGGACAACGAUGUGUCCAAUACAAUGGAAUUAUAUUUUGCAAAAGUACCAGGGAUUUAACGAAAGUUUUUUAAUACUGCUAAUGAGUCUAAAAAGUCCACUGGUGAAUAAAAAUUAACAACUAAUGUCUAGAGUGUCGAUCGGUCCUGGGAUGCAAUUCGUUUUAGCAAUCUGUUUUAGAUUCACCUCCCAUACGAUGUGGAAAACAGUUAAGAUUUUAGAGAAAAAUGGUCCCAAAUCUGGCAUUUUAAAAGGGCCCACCGUGUCGUUUAUUUAUUUACCCAUUUAACGAGGACCAGAAGGUGAAAUUGAAAGAACACAGUAAAAUAUGAAUGAUACCGUUCGUCUUUCAGAAUAAAAUACAGUUGCAUUCGGGACAACUAUUUCAGAAUAUGAAAUCAAAUCGAAAUUUUCAUUGCGAUUUAUAAAUCAAAUUAAUUUUCGUCAUUAUCUACGUUCACUGCUUAACUAAUCAAUUCACCCAUGUAUUUGCCUGUCUAGUAUAAUGGAACGACCAUCCAUGGCAAUUACAUUAAUGGUUCCACGACCAGGCAUUAAAAUGCCUUCGAACUUUUGCAUGUUUUACGUUUCAAUACCUGCGUCUGUUUAGUGUGAUAUUUUGGUACAGCAUCAAGUGACACCGAUAUUACAAUGUUCUUUUACCAAAAAAGUUAGACUUUCACGGCCAUUGCGAAACUGUAAAGGUGCGUCGAAUUAUGUGAUAGAACAUGAAGAAAUUCUGCAAUAAAAUAACGAAAAAAGAGUGGCGCAUCACAGUUCCUAAUCUCAGCUCGCCCGUGUUCAGACGAUCACCAUCAACGCUCGAUGACUCCGACAAAACAUCGAAACGAUCAUCGGGAUUUUACGAUUUCCAAGAAGCUCAAUUAGAAUUUGAUAAAGGUAGAAGUUUACCGAAUAGUAUUUAUGUGGAUAGCGGUUCGAGCAGUUCAUCUAGUACUGGCGUGGAUGAGCAGUUUCAAGAUGCCCAAGACAGAACCACGUGUUUGGAUAUUAAGCGAAGCGCCAGUGAGAACGAAACGGAUCAGGAAAUAUACGUAGAUGUCGAAGAGCCGAAGAACAUCGACAAGAAUAACAGCCGAUUCGAGUAUGACGUGCCGAAAAUUAGCUUCAAGUUCUGCGAAAAAAAGAGCGCAUAUCCGGAGGAGAGCAUUUAUGAAAAUCAAGGACCUUGCCAGGAGGCGCCAGCCCCAGAUUCCGUCAGGUGUACCAAGAAAACGGAGGUGAACAUUACUUUGAAAGAGCCCAGCUUAUCUAGUUUGGAAAAUGACCCGGAGUGCACUCUCCGAGAUGAAGACAUCGUGGAAGCCCUCAGGAACAUUGAAGAAGAAGGUGAAUUGCUCGAAAAGCAUCCGUCCCAAGAAUUCGGAAGCCAAUCGGAGAUUCUGGGGUCGAGAAGUCGUGAAAGCAUGACUAUCGUCAAAUCUGGAAGUGACCCAAAUUUGCGAACACAUGACCUAGACGAUGAAGACGACGACGACAAUGGCUUCUACAAAGUACCCAGAAGUCUGAAAGUUCAGCAUCGCUUAUCUCAAUCCAUGAAUGACUUCGAUCCGGAAAGUAUGAAUUCGGAAAUUUCCAAAUCUAAUCAUUCUAGCAUUGAGCACAUAUCGUGCAGUCAAGUGGACAUUGCAAGGCAAAAGCUGGCCGAAUCCCAUCUAAAUUCCAGCUCUAACAAUUCAGAAAGUUUCGAUUAUUGCCGAACGCGCAGUCAGCUGCCAGCCAAAGAGCGCAGAGCAACAUUGCUCAGAAAGCCGAAAAAGGCCAUUGACUCAUGGAACAAUUUCAAAACAAAGAUGAGCCAUAUGAUUUCUGAGCAGGCCUCUCAGCAGAGAGUGGGAGCUUUUAGCGAACGGGACAAGCUCGCGUUGAACUUGGAAGAAAUGUAUAAAAGCUCGAAGAAUAAGUGCAAAAAAGUGUUUCAAAGCACCACCAAAAUCUUUUCGCCCAAAGCGACCCAUAGAAGGCGGAGUGUGUCUUCGUCGGAUGUGGACAGUCCAAAGAACAGCAGUUGUGCUAAUUCGCCAGUGGUGGAGAAGCAAACGCCGACUUUUCCCAGGCCGAAACUUAGAGCGAGUGACAUCGAGUAUCAACUGAACACUAGUGACGAAUUAAACGGCCGAGUAUCGAACGAUGUUAGUGAUACCGACAAUUAUUCACCGAUGAGCAAAGCUAGUGAACUCAGUGAGGAUAAAAAGGAAGAGUUCGAUUUUUCAACCAUCAAAAGUGCAUUUAAGAAGAAAUUGGUGUUUGUUCCAGAGGGGCAAAAUGGCUUCGAGGACUUAAGGCGCUACGUGAAGCAAGGAAGCGACUUCUGCAAAGAACUAGCUACAAUCUUACAAGAAAGGGCUGACGCAGAAACCCAAUACGCGAAGAAUCUUUCGAAGCUCAGUGCCAAACUUUCUAGAGCGUGUAGAGAUGGCGUAGGAGGUCUGAACGAUGCCUGGAAAGCUGUAGCGAUAGAAUUAGAAACCAAGGCAGAAUCACAUAGAUUGGCCGGUCACUCGCUGCUAGAAGAAACUGCGAAACCGUUGAGAAACUUAACGGAAAGUCAGCAUAGAUCGAGAAAGCAGUGUGAAACCGCUGUGGAAAAAGCAGCCAGAUUUUUGGGUGAUUGGAGAGCCGCUGAAGCUAAAGGUAAAAAACAUAGCCAUGCGUGUGCCAGGGAUAAUGAGAAGUUGCAAGAUGCUGCUGUUAUAGAUACGUCGAAGUUCGGAAAGCAAACGUUGUCGAAAAGUGCAAGUCUGAUUCAGCUGGCGCAUCGUCAAAAUUCCGCAGAUAAGGAAAACGCUAAAUUGGAGGGCAAGAAGAAGAAAGCGGAAGAUGCAGUUAAGAAAGCCGAUAUCGAAUAUUACACUCUUUGUGUCAGAGCUGAAAGAGCGAGACUGGAGUGGGAAUCAUCAGUGUUAAAAGGAGUAAACAUGUUUCAAUCGCUGGAAGAGGACAGAUUGAAUAAUCUGAAAGCCGUCUUAACGUCGUAUCUUAGACACAAUAAUGAUCUUCAUCCCCGAUUAAUCGAGGCUACAGAUCGGCUAAAAGCACCAAUAGAGGCUGCAGAUCCCGCUAAAGACCUCGCUACUUUCCAGACUUUGAGGCAAACAUCUCAACAAGUAUCUGAACAACUUUUGCCCGACUUUUAUUGCGAACAUAUCACUUUAGCUAUGAACCGCGAAAGGAGGAAACAGGCUCUGGUCAAGUUGUUGCAUCUAAUCCGGCAGGACAUUGAAAGGGAGCGCAAGUCGAAAAACGGACUCGAAAAUUUAUCAAAGGCCAUUAGACAAACGCCCAAUUUUGGGUCCGAAGAUUCUCAGCAAUCAGUGGUGGAAAAACUGUACCAUAUGAAAUCCAUGUUGACAUACUUUGAAGGUGCGAGAUACAAAGUGCAAAGCGCUUUGGCAGAGUUGGACAGUCGACCAAGAACAGGCCAUCCACUAGCGCCACAUAUUACAAUUACUCGCGAUAAAUCCGGAUUACAGCAAAGUGUCUUGAAAGUUCCACAGUGGUUGCGUGAAGAAUUUUUCGAGACCGAUCGCAGUCCAGUCAGCGAAAAAUCGCUCAAAUCCGACCAGUCUGAUAACUCAGAUCCUCACAUUAACGACGUGGAUGAUCACGUUUUAGAUGAGUGGACGCAUCGUGGUGCUGCUGAUGGAAACUCCAACCAACCAGACUCAGACUUUGACGAGUUUUCGUCCCAAUGCAGCAGCACUGAUAAUCCAACAGAAACCGAAAAUGUGCAUCCUAUAGCGAAAUGUAGAGCGAUCUAUCCGUAUACUCCCAAUUUGCAAGACGAAUUGUUACUGAGUCCUGGAGACAUACUGAAGGUGUAUCGACAACAAGACGAUGGCUGGUGGUUGGGUGAAUGUAAUGGAAACGUUGGAAUUUUCCCGGCCACGUAUGUGGAAAUAAUGUCCGCUUAACAUCACCAACGACGAACAGUUAAAUGACCAAAAGACUGAUAAUCACAAACUAUAAUAUAAAAAUCUAAAAAGAUUGUGUUGUAAGAAUGUGUUUAAUUAAUGUGUAGUAAGCGUUAAGUUUGAAACUAUGCCUACGACAGUAGGUGAUUUUUUAUUGAGGGAUUUAAUCUGAUAAUUAGCAAAUAAUAUUAGAGUUAAUAGAGAAUGAUAUAUUAGUAUGUAUAUUGUAUUGAUGAUGUAUAAUAUAGCAGCAGUUAAUUAAAAGCAUCGUUUAUUUUUUAAAUAUAUUUUAAAUAUUGCUAAUAUUUAGGCGUAUUUGGAAGUUUUCUAAAUUCAUGUAACAGAGUGCUUGAUAUAAGUUUCAAUAAAUAAUUAAAAAGU